AUGAUGAAAAUGGUGGAACCCUUCAUGCAUCCGUCGAAUGAAAGUAGUCACACCUUACUUGUACUAGUAUUCCUCCAGAACGUUCUGCAAGAGACGGUCAAUCGAUACAAGGAAGAGCGCAUUAAAAAACAUAAAAGGAAGGUUCCGAAGGAGUACUUUCUAACUGACGAGGAUAUUGUGCAAUUCACAGAAGCCAUUUUGCCAUCACUUCUUUAUGCAAUGUAUACCAAGGAUGGUGUGACGUCUAAAGCUCCGUCCAAACUGGUGAUGAUACUGUGCGCACUCUGUCCAGGAAGGGUGUUUCCAAAAGUUUUCGAACACAUCUAUCCUGCCAUUUUCGCUGUUGAAGAGCCCCAUCGACUAACACAAACUCUGUCUUGUUUAUUCGAGUUGGUAUUCCUAAUUUCGCAAGAUAACGAUCCAAACUUGCCACGAAUCCCUAUGGAAAAAGAUUGGAUAUCGGAAAUGGAAGAGAUCCGAUCGCCAAACUCGCCAAUCGGGAAGUACUCUCUCAGCAAACUUGGCCAAGGCUUGGACUUCGAGAUUCGGGACCACUUGAAGACGUUUCGAUGUCACUUGUUCUACCUCGUCGAAAUGCUUAUUGAAGCUAUAGACAUAAACGAUGUCGAGAAAGCGAAUAUAGCUAUACAGAUCCGAUCGCCAAACUCGCCAAUCGGGAAGUACUCUCUCAGCAAACUUGGCCAAGGCUUGGACUUCGAGAUUCGGGACCACUUGAAGACGUUUCGAUGUCACUUGUUCUACCUCGUCGAAAUGCUUAUUGAAGCUAUAGACAUAAACGAUGUCGAGAAAGCGAAUAUAGCUAUACAGAAUCUCACAAUGAUUUUUUAUAUGGUUCCGAUACUCGAUUAUUCCGACUGUAUCAAACACCACAAACUGACAUUCGAAGAACAAGCACUUUGUAGAAUGUCAGCGAGACUUCCAGUACUCGCCGAAAUGGCAUUGGAUAAGUGA